CCCUUUGUGCUUGGAUUCGCGGCGCGUUCGGCGUCUCUGUGGAUUGAGAGGAUUGAGUUAUGGUCGCGAUUGUCGCGCAAAAUGCAACAAUGAAAAGGUGCACCACUCGCGCACCACGGGGACUACUGCUAGUGUCCCAUCGCAAGCCAUGGGUGUGUUUGUGUAGUAGCCGAAAAGUCAAUGUCAAUGACGCGCACAAAAUGCGACCAUGGGGAUCGCUGGCGGUGGGACGAAAAAGGUGACGCGUUGGAGGUGGCUGAUAUGUUUGUCGCCGCGAAUCAUCACCAGCUGAUCGGGGAGCUUGACAAAGUUGGUUUUCCGUUUUUCUUUGAGUUAGUGUUUAGCGAUUGGUGCCAGUGUGUGCAAUAAUUCCGGGCACCGCGAGAAACAGCGGAGCUGAGUGUUCAAGGCGGAUGACGUUCGUGGCACGGUGGUCCGAAAUCGUGCGGUCCGGCGUGCGGCGAGCUGCCCAUCCUAGCGCUUUCAGCAGCGAAAAGAGGACACUGAAAAGUGGGCUUUGCAUAGGAAUGGUGCAGUAGCAGAAGGUGACCACAAAAACACACCAAAACCAAACCAAAGCGGUCGAAAAGCCGCAUCUGUUUCAUUGGCUGUGUGAUUCCGAGAAAGUGCGGCCAACCAUUACCGAACGGAACCAAACGAGCGACCAGCGGAAUCAGGGGGACACUGGCGACGGUAUAGCAGUCGCGGCACGUCGGCACCGGAUGGAACCAGCGUUGUCCCGUCGUUCGACCAACUGCUGGGUUCUGUUGAGAAGCCGAGGCACCCGAGCUGGAACAGUGGCCAGCGAAGGAGGGAAUCGCCAUCAUUGACAACGCCUAACGUGCCCGUUCGCUUGGACGCUAGUAGAAGGCGGCAGCACCGGCACCGGCUGGACCGGAGGGUACGAUGGGUGAGGAAAGCGUGGAGCGGAGCGAAGGCACCCAGCGCCUUCAGACGCACGUGGCCGACUACAGUCCGGUGCGGCAGGAACAUCAAGGAUCUCCAGCGCCACCGCCCGAUGACGGCGAUGCGGACGGCGCUGGUGACGCACAGGACGAGGUCGUCCGGGUGAUCCCGAAAGGGCGCGAUCCUCUGCCAACCGACCACCAGACAAAGAAUGGCCUGCCAGCAGUGCCAGUGCUCAACACAGUGCAAUCAGCUUCAGCAACGGUGGCUCUGGAACGUGAAAAACUCACCCAAGAUCGGCACAAACCGAGGACGACCGAGGAAACGGAGGAGGACGAUCGGGGCCACCCGAGUGAGGCCAACGGUACGGCCGCACUUCUACCCCGAAACGGCAGCGCAAUCAUCUGUCGAAGCAGCUCCAACACCAUGAUGCAGCAACAACAGCAAAACCAAACGAACACUGGCACUGGUAAAACCAAAGAUCAACAGCCUUACCGUGCACCGGAAGAAGGGGCCCGAGAUCCCGAGAAUCCGGACGAUGACGAUGGAGAGUACGAGCUGGUGCCACCGGACGGUGGCUGGGGUUGGCUGGUGCUGGCCGGCUCGAUGCUCGUCAACAUCCUUGUGCCCGGUACGAUCAAGAGCUUCGGCGUGCUGUUCGUCGAGUUUCUGGAAGCGUUCCAAGCGUCACCAUCUUCGGCGGCCUGGAUUCCAGCCCUCUGCUACUUUCUGUACAGCUCACUCGGACCACUGUCGAGUAUACUGUCGGUGAAGUACAGCUAUCGUACGGUGACGAUCAUCGGUGGAACGUUUGCGGCCGUCGGCAUGAUCAUUACGUAUUGGGCGACCUCCGUGAAUUAUCUGUACAUCAGCUACGGUCUGCUGGUUGGGACGGGUGCCGGACUCGCCUUUCCUCCGACGGUGUACAUCGUAACGUCGUACUUUGUGAAGCUGCGUGGUCUUGCGAAUGGAUUGUGUAUUUCGGGCAGUGCCCUCGGAUCGAUCAUCUUACCACCGGUUCUGCGCUAUCUGUUGGUAACGUUUGGAUACCGUGGAGCCUGCCUGAUCAUGGGCGGCAUUACGCUGAACGUUUGGGUGGCUGCCAUCUUCUACGAGCCAGUGGAGAAACAUAUGAAGCGAGCCCGGAAAGCACCACCGUCGGACGAUGAGGAUGAAAUGGAGGGCAACGUACGGCUGGCCGCUGAUGGUGGUCUCGGCGAGCGUAGUAAUGUGAUCCUGGAGGAGUGUGAAUCGAAUGAAACCGAUCCAACCGCCGAAUCGUUGGUUAAUGGAGAGGCAGGCGGUGGCGAGCUACAUCAGCAUCAGAAUUCGGGCCAACCGCAGCAGCUGACCGUUAAGCCCAAGUUUGCCAUUAUGGGCGAUGAUACGCCCACCAUCUCUACACCGACACUGGAGCACAAAUCGCCCGACAUCUUUCGGUUCAAUCCGAAGAAUGGACUGAUCGAUAGUUUUGCCCGCAGCGUGUCCGCGGCGGCCGUCCCGUAUGGCCGUGAUGAGCAGCAUGGUGGUGGUGGUGGAGGUGCUAGUGGAGCCGGAGGUAGCCAGAGGCAGCGCAAAAUCAGCACACCGAUCA